CCCACAGUGCUCACCUCAGCUCCAUGUUGCACUCAUGGGUGCGCCCCUGCCCCAUGGUGCCCAGCUCAGCCCCAUGCCCUCCUCCCCGGCCAGGAUCAUCCACCAGGACGGUUACUCGCUGGAGGAAUGCCUGGAGUUCAUCGCCAUCAUCUACAGCAACACGCUCCAGUCCAUGCUGGCCAUCGUGCGGGCCAUGAGCACCCUCAACAUCCAGUACGGGGACACAGCUCGCCAGGACGAUGCCCGCAAGCUGCUGCACCUCUCAGACACCAUCGAGGAAGGCACCAUGCCCAAGGAGAUGUCAGACAUCAUCGGGCGGCUCUGGAAGGACACAGGCAUUCAAGCCUGCUACGACCGUGCCUCCGAGUACCAGCUCAACGACUCGGCUGGCUACUACCUGUCAGACCUGGAGCGCUUGGUGACCCCCGGCUACGUCCCCACAGAGCAGGAUGUGCUGCGCUCCCGUGUCAAGACCACUGGCAUCAUCGAGACCCAGUUCUCCUUCAAAGACCUCAACUUCAGGAUGUUCGAUGUGGGUGGUCAGCGCUCAGAGAGAAAGAAGUGGAUCCACUGCUUCGAGGGGGUGACCUGCAUCAUCUUCAUCGCAGCCCUCAGCGCCUACGACAUGGUCCUGGUGGAGGAUGACGAAGUGGUAAGGAAGGCUCAGGACCCCAGAAUCCUGGAGUAUGGGGACUACCGGGCACCACAGCCACUGUCUCCACGUAGCUGGGGCACAGCAACAUGCCGGGGGCCAGAGUUGCUGGGUCCCAGUGUGGGAAGAGGAGAUGCCAUGGGGAGGGGGACAAACACCAUCCAGAGGGGGAUGAAGCAGAGGGAGAGGCAGCAACAGACAAGGUCUGCCCCUCCACAAGCUGAGCACAGCCCUUGCAGCUUCGUGCCUCAGUUUCCCCACAUGAUUAUUGAAGAGCAAGUGCUUGCCAUGGGGAAGCUGCAGACCACCAGGCAAGCCUAG